CGCUGGGACCCCGGCUCUGCUCGGCGGCCGAGGCCCGCGAGUUUGCAAACUCAGCUCUGGAGUUCGGCGCGGACAGCAGCAGGAAAAACCUGCCCCGGCCCCCCCACCCCUGCCACCUCCCCUCCCCGGUUCUCCCGUCACCGACCAGGCACCCCCACUUCCCACAAGGCCCUCCUGCCAUGUCGGACUCAGACGUCCCCAGGGGCCCUAAUGCCCCCGCCAUGUGGCCCCCCUGUUCCAGGGGUGCCUGAACCCGCUGUGGGAGCCCAGCCCCUCCCCCAGCCCUGCCCAAUCCAGACCCUCAAAGACCAUGAGUGGGGGCAAGAAGAAGAGUAGUUUCCAAAUCACCAGCGUCACCACGGACUACGAGGGCCCAGGGAGCCCAGGGGCUUCAGAUCCUCCUGCCCCACCGGCCCCCACCGGUCCCCCACCCCGCCUGCCCAAUGGGGAGCCCAGCCCUGAUCCAGGGGGCAGGGGUACUCCCAGGAAUGGCUCCCCACCUCCUGGUGCCCCUGCCUCCCGUUUCCGGGUGGUGAAGCUGCCCCAUGGCUUGGGAGAGCCUUAUCGCAGAGGUCGCUGGACAUGUGUGGAUGUUUACGAGAGAGAUCUGGAGCCCCCCAGCUUUGGCCGACUUCUGGAAGGAAUUCGAGGGGCCUCGGGAGGCACUGGGGGCAGAUCUCUGGAUUCCAGGUUGGAGCUGACCAGCUUGGGCCUGGGCACCCCCAUCCCACAGCAAGGCCUGUCUCAGGGCCCCACCUCCUGGCUCCGCCCGCCCCCCAGCUCCCCUGGACCUCAAGCCCGCUCCUUCACAGGGGGACUGGGCCAGCUGGCUGUGCCCAGCAAGGCCAAGGUGGAGCCGCCCCUCCAGUCGGCCUUCCCGCCCCAGCAGCGCCCCCCAGAGCCCAGGACUGGGGACAGCACUGGCACGUCCCUGGCUGCCACACCCCUGCACUCUCUCAGGGUGGAAGUGGAGGCUGGGGGCUCAGCAGCGGGGACCCCGCCACUGUCCCGGAGGAAAGAUGGAACUGCUCGGCUGAGGAUGGAUUUGGUUACCCCAGAGGAGACUGGACAGGUGCGCCCCCUUGACUCUCGCCCCAGCUCCCCGACCCUCUACUUUGACGCCAGCCUUGUUCACAAGUCUCCAGACCCCUUUGGCACGGCAGCAGCCCAGAGCCUCAGCCUGGCCCGCUCCAUGCUGGCCAUCAGUGGUCACCUGGACGCCGAUGACGAUAGUGGCUCCAGCAUGCUGACCGGCAUUGACAACAAGAUCGAACAAGCCAUGGAUCUGGUGAAAUCCCACCUCAUGUUUGCGGUCCGGGAGGAGGUGGAGGUGCUGAAGGAGCAGAUCCGGGACUUGGCGGAGCGCAACGCGGCGCUAGAGCAAGAGAACCGCCUGCUGCGCACCCUGGCCAGCCCGGAGCAGCUGGCCCAGCUGCCCUCCUCGGGGCUCCCCCGCCUCGGGCCCCCUGCACCCAACGGCCCCUCCAUCUGAGCCUCCUGUGCCUCACAAUGUGCCUUUGGGGCUGCCAUGGCCGCAGGGCCUUGUGCCAGCUGCCUGCCCCCUCUUCCUAUGCAGCUUUAAUGUCCCCUGAUCCCAAGGAUUGGGAGUGCAAGGCUCAGCAGUGGCCUGUGCCCCCCUCCCUAGCCCGGUCUCCCCAGUCCCAGGCUUGAAGGAGGAGGGAGGGCUCAGCGUGGGGCAUGGAUGGAUGGC